AGGUUUCUUUAAAGGUGAUUGAAACAAUUAAUCCAAAAUGCCUGAAAAUCCUGCCACAGAUAAACUGCAGGUCCUGCAGGUCCUUGAUCGCCUGAAAAUGAAAUUGCAGGAUAAGGGUGACACUUCACAGAAUGAGAAACUGAGUAUGUUUUAUGAGACACUAAGGAGUCCUCUCUUCAACCAGAUACUCACACUGCAGCAGUCUAUCAAGCAACUGAAGGGGCAACUCAGCCAUAUACCCUCGGAUUGUUCAGCCAACUUUGAUUUUUCUAGAAAAGGUUUGUUAGUGUUCACGGAUAGUUCUAUUACAAGUGGGAAUGCCCACAGGCCCUGUAAUAAUUUAACUGCAUCUGGGUUGUUUCCGUGGACCUCAAAGUUGGGAAAUGAAGACUUUAACUCAAUCAUUCAACAGAUGGCUCAGGGCCGGGAAAUUGAAUAUAUAGAUAUAGAACGGCCUUCAACUGGAGGCCUUGGAUUCAGCGUGGUGGCCCUUAAAAGUCAAAAUCAGGGAGAAGUUGAUAUCUUUGUGAAGGAAGUACACCCAGGGAGUGUAGCAGACAGGGAUCAAAGAUUAAAGGAAAAUGACCAGAUUUUGGCCAUUAAUCACACACCACUGGAUCACAAUAUUUCUCACCAGCAAGCAAUUGCAUUAUUACAACAAACGGGUGGAUCUUUGCAUCUGGUUGUAGCCAGGGAACCAGUCCACACAAAAAGCAGGACUUCUACCAGCUCAGCUGAUACAACUCUGCCUGAAACAGUUUGUUGGGGCCAUAUCGAGGAUGUUGAACUCAUUAACGAUGGCUCUGGAUUAGGAUUUGGAAUAGUUGGAGGAAAGUCAAGUGGCGUAGUGGUGAGGACCAUAGUUCCUGGAGGAUUAGCUGAUCGAGAUGGAAGACUUCAGACAGGGGACCACAUCUUGAAGAUUGGUGGCACGAAUGUGCAGGGAAUGACGAGUGAGCAAGUUGCCCAAGUGCUGAGGAACUGUGGGAAUUCAGUCAGGAUGCUUGUGGCUAGAGACCCAAAAGGCGAAAUUUCAGAAACGCCUCCUACUCCUGCGGCCUUGCCGGUUGCCCUGCCUGCUGCUGUUGCCAACACUAGCCCUUCCUCUGUGAGUGCUCUAAUCCUUCUUAAAUCAGGCAUGAGGUAUGAGACAAUGAAAGAUAAGAAAUCCUUUAGCUUUCUUCUUUUUCCAUAUGGUUGUGUACCUUCAGGGGAAGCUUCAGGGAUUUAUGUGAAAAGUAUAAUACCUGGCAGUGCUGCAUACUACAAUGGCCAAAUCCAAGAGAAUGACAAAAUAGUUGCUGUUGAUGGUGUAAAUAUUCAGGGUUUUGCAAAUCACGACGUUGUUGAAGUGUUACGAAAUGCAGGGCAGUUGGUCCACCUAACCCUAGUUCGCAGGAAAGCGCCAUCAUCUGCUUCUCUCCUGGAACAGCCUACAGACAGAGGAACUGUUGUAGAACCACCCAAAUCACCAGCUCUCUUUAUAACUGGAGCAGUGGAAACAGAAACUAAUUUGGAUGCAGAAGAUGAGGAUAUUGAAGAAAGAAUGGAUAAUCAAAAAAAGGACAAUAUACAAGCCUUAGAAAAAUUGGAAAGAGUCCCAAACACUCCAGAAAAUGAGCUGAAAUCCAAAUGGGAAAACCUACUGGGCCCUGAUUAUGAAGUAAUGGUUGCUACUUUGGACACACAGAUUGCCGAUGAUGCUGAGUUACAGAAGUAUUCAAAGCUGCUGCCUAUCCAUACUCUGAGGCUUGGUGUGGAAGUGGAUUCCUUUGAUGGGCACCAUUACAUUUCUUCAAUUGUUCCUGGUGGUCCUGUUGAUAUGCUGAACCUUCUACAGCUAGAGGAUGAGCUUCUUGAGGUCAAUGGUGUGCAGCUUUAUGGAAAAUCUCGUCGAGAAGCAGUUUCCUUUCUUAAAGAAGUGCCACCCCCUUUUACCUUGGUUUGCUGUCGGCGGCUAUUUGACGAUGAAGCCUCUGUAGAUGAACCAAUGACUACUGAAACCCUUCUUCCUGAGAUGGAGGUUGAAAACAGGAUAGAUGUCAGUCCUGAAGAUGAGGAUGAUGGGGAAUUAGCUUUGUGGUCUCCUGAAGUCAAGAUUGUUGAGCUAGUGAAAGACCAUAAAGGCUUGGGGUUCAGCAUUCUGGAUUACCAGGACCCUUUAGAUCCCACAAGAUCAGUGAUUGUGAUCCGCUCCCUGGUAGCAGAUGGUGUAGCAGAAAGAAGUGGAGAACUUUUACCUGGAGACCGCCUGGUCUCAGUCAAUGACUACUGUUUGGACAAUACCACACUUGCUGAAGCUGUGGAGGUACUGAAGGCCGUGCCUCCAGGCACUGUACACCUUGGCAUCUGUAAGCCUUUGGUGGAAGAUGAGAAAGAAGAAAGUUGUUACAUUUUACAUUCAAACAGUAAUGAAGACAAGACUGAACCUCCAGGAACAAUUCUUGAUAUGAAUUCAUCUUUAAUACUUGAAGCACCCAAGGUAUUGAAGCUAUUUAAGUUGUGGGCAUCUGAGCAGCAUGAUCAGAGAUUGUGUGCUUCCAUACGAUUGAUCGUGCUUGUGAUGAUGAAAGAACAUUUUGGCAUUGAUUCCCUCCCAUCCAUACCCUCAACUGAUGGAGAUUGUCAACAUAGCAGAUUUGAUGACAUGGAAAAUCUUAAUUCAUUAGCAAAAAGCAGUCUGGAUUUAGAUAUGAUGAUUCCAAAUGAUGUCCAAGGUCCUAGUAUGCUCACUGAUCUUCCUGCUGUGGCUCCUAGAAGGGAACAAGAAGAUUUACCUUUAUAUCAACUGCCCAGGACCCGAGUUGUUUCAAAGGCCUCUGUCUACCCAGGAAUGCUGUCUUCUAGAUAUGCCACCGAUGCAUGUGAGUUACCUGAGAGAGAAGAAGGUGAAGGAGAAGAAACACCGAACUUCAGCCACUGGGGUCCACCAAGAAUUGUUGAGAUUUUUAGAGAACCCAACGUGUCUCUUGGUAUCAGUAUUGUUGGUGGACAAACGGUUAUAAAACGCCUAAAGAAUGGAGAGGAAAUUAAAGGUAUAUUCAUCAAACAGGUGCUAGAAGAUAGUCCAGCAGGAAAAACAAAUGCACUUAAAACUGGAGAUAAAAUCCUUGAGGUGUCUGGAGUAGAUUUGCAGAAUGCCUCGCACAAUGAAGCAGUUGAGGCCAUUAAGAACUCCGGGAACCCCGUGGUGUUCGUGGUUCAGAGCUUGUCACCUACUCCGAGAGUCAUUCCUAACAUACAUAAUAAGGGCAACAAAAUCGCCAAAAACCAGAGCCAAGACACUCCAGAAAAAAAGGAAAAGAGGCAAGGAACAGCUCCACCUCCUAUGAAGCUGCCUCCUCCUUACAAAGCACCGUCUGUAGACAGUGAUGAAAAUGAAGAAGAAAAUGCAUUUACUGACAAAAAAAUCAGGCAAAGGUAUGCAGACCUACCUGGAGAACUGCACAUUAUUGAACUUGAAAAGGAUAAGAAUGGGCUGGGACUCAGCCUUGCCGGCAAUAAAGACAGGACACGGAUGAGCAUAUUUAUAGUAGGAAUUAACCCAGAAGGACCCGCUGCAAUGGACGGACGAAUGCGAAUUGGAGAUGAACUGUUAGAGAUAAAUAAUCAGAUCCUCUAUGGAAGAAGUCACCAAAAUGCAUCUGCCAUUAUUAAGACUGCCCCAUCCAAGGUCAAACUUGUUUUCAUCAGAAAUGAAGACGCAGUCAAUCAGAUGGCUGUACCUCCCUUCCCAUUACCAUCAAGCUCCCCAUCUUCUAUUGAGGAUCAGAGUGGCAUAGAACCUGUUAGUAGUGAGGAAGAUGGCAACCUGGAAGUUGGUGUUAAACAAUUGCCUGGAAGUGAUAGCUCCAACCUGGAAGACCUGUCCCAGGUGAUUGGUCAAGGUGUGGUGGCAGACCAUCAGAAGACAUUGGAGUACCCAACUGAUGAUGCUGCCAGCCAGAUGAAAGAGCAAAAAUAUUCAACAAAAGCCUCCUUCAGUUCACAAGAGAUACCAUUAGCGCCAACUCCAUCAUAUCAUUCAUCGGAUACCGACUUCACCAGCUGUGGUAGCUUCCAGGCUCCUCUGUCAGUGGAUCCUGCAACGUGUCCCAUUGUCCCUGGCCAGGAAAUGAUUAUAGAAAUAUCCAAGGGACGCUCAGGCCUUGGUCUCAGCAUUGUGGGAGGAAGAGAUACACCCUUGGAUGCUAUAGUCAUACAUGAAGUCUAUGAAGAAGGAGCAGCAGCCAGAGAUGGAAGACUUUGGGCUGGUGACCAGAUAUUAGAGGUUAAUGGGGUUGACCUGAGGACCUCCAGCCACGAGGAAGCUAUCACAGCCCUGAGGCAGACCCCGCAGAAGGUGCGACUGGUGGUGUACCGCGAUGAGGCACACUACAAGGACGAGGAGAACUUGGAGAUCUUCCCUGUGGAUCUGCAGAAGAAGGCCGGCCGAGGACUGGGCCUGAGCAUUGUUGGGAAACGGAAUGGAAGCGGAGUGUUUAUUUCUGACAUCGUGAAAGGUGGAGCUGCAGACCUGGAUGGGAGGUUGAUUCAGGGAGAUCAGAUCCUAUCUGUGAAUGGAGAGGACAUGAGAAAUGCCUCUCAGGAGACGGUGGCCACCGUCCUCAAGUGUGCGCAGGGGCUUGUGCAGCUCGAGAUCGGAAGACUCCGAGCGGGUUCCUGGGCCUCCUCGAGGAAGACAUCGCCAAACAGUCAGGGAGAUCCGCACAGCACACAUAGCAGCUGUCGGCCUUCCUUGGCCCCUGUCAUCGCUGGCCUACAGAACCUGGUUGGCACCAAAAGAACUCCAGAACCUUCCCAGAGAAUUUCAGGCACAGAUAUGGGACCAAGGACUGUUGAGAUAAUCAGAGAGCUCAGUGAUGCCCUUGGAAUCAGUAUUGCAGGAGGAAAAGGGAGUCCCUUAGGAGAUAUCCCUAUAUUUAUUGCCAUGAUUCAGGCCAGCGGAGUGGCCGCACGUACACAGAAGCUUAAAGUUGGAGAUCGGAUUGUCAGCAUUAAUGGGCAACCUCUGGAUGGGCUGUCUCAUGCCGAUGUGGUUAAUCUGCUGAAGAACGCCUACGGGCGCAUUAUCCUGCAGGUUGUAGCAGAUACCAAUAUAAGUGCCAUUGCCACUCAGCUUGAAAACAUGUCUACAGGCCACCACUGUGGCUCACCCACUGCUGACCACCCUUCAGAAGACACGGAAACACCUCCACCUAAGAUUAUUACUUUGGAGAAAGGCUCUGAAGGAUUGGGGUUUAGUAUUGUAGGGGGUUAUGGAAGUCCCCAUGGAGACCUGCCAAUUUAUGUCAAGACUAUAUUUGCAAAGGGAGCAGCUGCAGAUGACGGUCGAUUAAAGCGAGGUGAUCAGAUUUUAGCUGUUAAUGGUGAGACCCUGGAAGGUGUCACUCAUGAGCAAGCUGUCGCCAUUCUAAAACACCAGAGAGGGACUGUAACCUUAACUGUGCUGUCGUGAGCCACAGGCCCUGAUCACAAGACAGAUCCUGUUGUUUAGAAUAUCCAUAGGAAGAUGAAGUUCAGGGUGAAGAUAAAAGGCCAUCUCAAGUAAAAUUUACAAUGUUCUUACCAUCUCGUUCUCUCUGCUCAGGAGACAGGCUGAGGUUCCAAGUGAUUUUUCCCAAACCAACAGUCAUCUGCCUGAUUUUUCCCCAGCUUCUGUCACCUCUGGUGAAGUUAAUUUCUAAAGUCUGAAUGAACAAGUCUUUUCUGUUUUGCCUGUACCAUCAAUGUUUGCCAAUUAGAAGUAACUGGUUCUGAUUAUAUUUGCCGAAAUUGGAGUUAACAGCCUCCUGUUCCUUACCCCUUCUCUCCCCCCGCCCUGUUCAGACAGAUGCCUAAUAGCAGCUCAGAUCUCAUGUGAUGAACAGAAGCAAAUGCUAAGCCACUUGUCAUCUCACUCAUGAUUUACUUGUGCUAAUUGUCUCUUCAAGUAAGCCAGCAAACAUUAGCAGUGAAAUUAAUUCCCCCAUGAUGAAAGACCCAUAUUCUCCAAAGGGAAAUUACUAUACUCUCUUCUAGAUGACUUAUAGUCAACUAAGUCUCAAAUUCAUUUCUCUGGGUGAAACUUUACAUGUUAGUCAUUGGUGAUUUUGAUGAGUCAAUUUGCAGACUGUAAUCUCCUAAAGAUUCUGAAAGGCUUUCUAAUUGCUUUCUGAGCUACAAAAGUGCACACCACUGAGCAAGUGCUCCUUCUUGACAAGAACAAUUAACCUCCAUGUUCUGAGUUCUAACAAUGCUAACAGGUUCUAGUCUGUGAAGUUCAUCUGGAGUUAAUGGUGUCUCAGGCAGCAUCAUCCACACCCCUCAGUCUUCACAUGAGGAGGUAGAAGCCCCAGAGGUCACCAAGCUUUGCCUCAAGUCAGAUGAGCUCUGGGUGGCCUUGGCCUUGUGCAAAGGACAAUGACUAGUUGGAUUAUCCUCCCUUUACCUCCAUACCAGCCCACACAACAGCACAGACUGUAGGAACUAGGUGGAACUACAUGCUUUGUCAUUAAUAACUGAGCAAGCAAAGUGAGCCUAGGAACCAGCAGAAGGAAACACCUGGCUGAUGUUUCCUGGCCCCCAGGGUGCCUCUCUUUUGCUGAAGUUUGAUAUGCAAAGAAAGCAACUACAGAAGAAAAUAUAAUCCCUAUAAUGUUGAUUAUGGGCCUUCUUGUUAACAUAUUAGCAGGAAAAGGGUGAAGAUGCUUCUUAAUGAACGUUCUAGGGUCUUCUAUAAAAACUUACCAUGAAGGAUAAGUAUCAGAGUCAAUAAUAGAAGUAGUUCAGCACUAUUUAACUAUAAGACAAUGCUGCAAAUUGUUCACAGUAAUUACCAAAAUUUAAUGGGCUUUAAUUUAAAAUCUUAUUUAAUAAAUAUAGAUUUUGCUGGGUGCCAUGGUGCAUACCUGUAAUCCCAGCCACUUGGGGGGCUGAGGCAGGAGGAUGGCAAGUUUGAGGCCAGCCUCACCAACUUAGUGAGACCCUAUCUCAAAAUUUAAAAAAAAAAAAAAAAAGGACUGGGAUGUAGCUCAGUGGUAGAGCACCCUGGGUUCAAUUCCCAGUACCACAAAAAUAAGUAUAGAUUUUAAUUGAAAAUUAUCUUUGAGUAGGUGUAAUCACAAAGUGCAUUAACUCUUGUUGGAAUACUUUGUGGCUAUUCCAAAAUAUAGAGUGCCUAAAUUUUCUGUUGAAAAUGUAUUUCAUGACUGGUAUUGAGUUUUUCAAGAUGAUACACAGCUUUUCAAAUUUCUCAUAUAUCCAGGAUCUCACCUUCCAAUGCAUGAGAAGCCACCAGCCUCAGAAUGUUCUGUUUUAACCAUGUCUGUAAGAACACCUCAGGCAGCCAAAGUGAAGUGAAGCCCAAUGACACUUGAAAAUGCACCUUAGAUAGAUACAUAUGCACAUGAUUCUUUUAAAAUGUAAUUCUGCUUAAUUUUGAUGGAAUAGCCAUUAAAUAAACAUUUUUAAAUAAUCCGUGGUUGUUGUGUUUCUUUACACGUUAUCCUUUGGGGUCACACUAUUGAAAGCCUCUUAAAGGAAUUGUGAUACUUGUUGCUGUUGUAACUUGGCGGAACUAGUCCUUCUCAUAACCUGGUUAUGCCUCUAAUCACUAAUAAAUAAUUGCCUUCCCAAAAA